UGUGAGAUUGUUGUGGAUUGUCUUGUUUAACUAACCGAGCAGAGCCGCAUCUCCUUCUCCUUCGACUCAGAGACAAUGACUAAGAGAACGAAGAAGGCAGGCAUUGUCGGAAAAUAUGGUACCCGUUAUGGUGCUAGUCUGCGAAAGCAGAUUAAGAAGAUGGAAGUGAGUCAGCAUAGCAAAUUCUUUUGUGAAUUUUGUGGAAAGUAUGCUGUGAAAAGAAAGGCUGUGGGAAUAUGGGGAUGCAAAGACUGCGGUAAAGUAAAAGCUGGUGGUGCCUACACUUUGAAUACUGCGAGUGCUGUCACUGUGAGGAGCACCAUCCGGAGGUUGAGGGAACAAACUGAGGGUUGAGCUUUUUGGUUGAUGUAAGAUUUUUAGUAAAUUAAUUUGAGAAAUUAUUCGUUUUUGUUUAGGAAGCCUAAUUGUUUUAAUGCAAUUAUCUUUUGAGUUUCGAUAUUUA